AUGGACUUCCCAGAGAAAAAAGGUCUGUCGCCAAUCAGGGAAAGGUCUGCCUCACCAACCAGAAAGAAAUCAAGACUUAAUGAGGGGUCUUUUAAUAGUAUCAGGUCGAGGUACAUUGAAUCUGUCACCAAUGCCUCCGAAAAUAACACUAGCCCUAUGAGUAGAAGACAUCCUUCUAUUAGUCCUGACAGGAGGUCAAGAUUGCUUCCACCUUCAGUGAGCCCUGAAAGCAGAAGGAAGCAAUCGCUAGAAGAACCUAUUGAAGAGAAAUUAGAAGUUGAUGAGCCAUCAAUGCAUGCCUCAGCAAAGAAAGCGGUAAACAACACCACCAAAUUCAACUUUUUAACAGAUCUUGAGAUUAAUAAUCAAAUCCAGACAAUUUUAAAUAAUGGGCUACUAUUGAAGAAUCUCUUACUCUCCGUCGCUUCGUCUGUCAAGGCGUCCAAGACUGAUUUUCAGGAAUUGAGCAAGUCCACCAAAUCCAACAACGAAGAAAUCGCAAAAUUGCUUGAUUCUUUCAACAAAUCUAAAAGUCAAUCUCUGAUGUCUACCAAAGAUAUGGCAAGAUUUUAUGAUGCGUUGAAUCUGAAGUUUGAUAGCUCAUCGAGGGUAAAUGACCAAUUAAAGGAUAUUUCCGCAAAUAUUAAGAGCUUGCAGUCUAUUUUAGAUCAUUUGCAAAAAGAAGGAGGUUUGUCGGAGUCCAAACAGACAGAAAUGACUUAUAAUAUUGUCAAGGCUAAUAGAGCAGAAGCACUCUCUAUUUUGCGAGAGAUUGGAAACUGGAAAGAAUCACAGCAAGUCAUGAUGAAAAAAAUUGAGAAUCAGAUAAACACUAUUCUGAAAGGUGACAAUUCUAAAGAUGGUCUUUUAAUGUUAAACAAUGUUAGCCAGAUUGUCGGUGAGCAAUUGUAUCUGAAUAAUGAGAAAACUAAGAAAUCAUUUAAUGAACUAAACCAGAAAAUCACGGAGAUGAAAAACGCGAUCGAAUCUAAUAAACAACACAAUACAUCAGACGAAAAUUUAUCACACUUGGUUAGUAACUUCAAAACAGACGUUAGUGAAAAAAUUUCUCUUGUUAAUGAGUCCCUUUACCAAUUUGAGUCCAAAAAUGAAUUAUUAUUGAAUAAAAUUUCUGCAGAAUUAAAGGAGGAUAUGAAGAAAGCAUUUAUUGAGAAAUUUGUCUCUGAUGAAGAUUUCAACUUACUUCAGGAUAGAUUGAAUAAAUGGUCUGGCCAAGUUGAUAAAAAUAUCAGCCAGUUGCUUAUUAGCUCGUUAAAUUCUAAGUUUCAAAAGGGUUUGUCAGAAACUAUUAAGGAUACCCUAGCUACCAGCUUAGAGUCUUUGCAUAAUGAACUUAUUGCAGAGAAAAGUGAUAUUGCCAAGAUUGUCGAAAAAGAAUUAUCUAAAAUGGAGGGAAAAUUCUCAGCAGUCUCUGCUUCUCCAUCAAGACUAAUGAGUCCUUCAAGAUCCCGUAAUGUUGAAAAUAGCUCCAAUAUGGCAUUACUUGAAAAGGAGCUAAAAAAUAAGGAACUAGAAAAUCAGUUGCAAAUAAAAGAAAACCGGGUGUUACAAGAAAGAAUUCGUGAGCUAGAAUUAGCUGUCGAAGGUAAAAAAGAAUGUGAGAACAGAGAGAAAAGAAUCUUGAAAUUGGAAUCCAAGAAAACUGAAUUGAAAACAGAACUACGUUAUUUGAAUGAAAUUUACAACACUAGAUACAACGACCUUGAAGCAUUACGCAAAAAACAUGAUGAGUUAUUACAAAAUAUUAAUAACAUGAUGCUUGACAAAUAUAAGAACAUUUUCGGUGCUUCGGCGAUGGCAUUACUUAAUAGAUCCAAUAAUCUCUCAAAGAAUACUACCCCUUCAGACAGCUUCUCUCCUGCAAACAGCCCUGUGAGAUCAACAUCUCCGAAAGCAGACAAAAAGGUGUUAUCCCCUCUUAAAAAUAGGAUUGCCAGGGCUAAUGGUGCUAACCUUAAAAGCACUGCUGAAACGAAAAAGGUGCUAGGUGGAAGAAACUUCUCUUUAGAACUCCACAAAACUGAAAACAAAGAGAAUUUCUAA